UCAUCAUCUGAGAAUCGACAGCCUUGAGGACAGUCUCAAGUAUCACGACAGUUCGCCCAACAAUCCGUCCAUCCACUCAACAUCACCAAAAUGCAUCCCACCACGACAUUCCUCCUCCUCUCCCUCCUUUCCCUCACCGUCUCUCAAAAUCCCCAAGCAGCAGACGGGCCAAUCGUACCAUUCACAUCCGUGCUUCCAGCAUGUGCCUCCAACUGCGGCCCUCUUUACGACGUCCAAGGCAAAUGCGCUCCUCCCAACAUCCCAGCCGUUAACCCAAACUGUUUCUGUACGGAUACACGACUUACCCCCUUCGAUAACGCCGGUACAAGCGGUGUCUCUGCGGUUUGUGUUGGGAUUGGAUCUUGCACAGCAGCGUCGGAUCUACAGGCGAUUAAGACGUGGUAUGAUAGCUAUUGUGCUGGGAAUAAAGGGAACACCGGUUCCACGACUGGGGGCACAUCUUCGCCGACAUCUACAAAUGCGAGCAGCCCGAAGAGUGCUGGAAGUCAAUGGCUCGACUCACAUUACAAAUGGGUCAUCGCGCUGGUGGUCAUUGUCGUAGCUAUUGUCGGUGGCUGGAUUGCAGCCUGCUUGCUAAGACGCAGAUACAUCCGCAAAAAGGAAAAGGAAAUCGAGAUGCGGCCACCGGUUGCGUGGGGACCGCAUCAAUUGCAACAUGCGACUGGGGGCUACAACUACGGUGAUGGAGUCGUUGAUACCAGCAGAGGCGGGAAGAGCCAUGCUAGCUCAUAUAACAAAGAGGCUGCUGUGGUAGCAACACCCGCGAAUGGGAAGAGAGAAAGCAAAGGCUGGUCAUCGAAGAGCAGAAAUUGAUACCUGUGUACGUUUUACAUGGGCGGGAAAUGGCUGGAGUUAAUGAUAUAGGUGUUAAAAAUAGGUGAUUUGGGACACACCCGC